GGUUUCCGGAUCGGAUCCACCCGGUUAGGACAUAUAAAACCGGGUGGCUCGCCAUCGCCUUAUCUUGUUGACUCUUCUCUCAGAAGCCCACCCACUACGACUAUCAACUCUGACCGCGAGAGACAGCGAGUUUCAGAGAGAGAGCAAAGAUGUCGGCGACGCUUACGGGAUCGGGAACUGCUUUGGGGUUUUCGUGUUCCUCGAAGAUCUCCAAGAGAGCUUCUUCUUCGCCGUCUAACCGUUGCUGCAUCAAGAUGUCUGUUUCCGUCGACGAGAAGAAGAAGAGUUUUACUCUUCAGAAAUCCGAGGAAGCUUUCAAUGCUGCUAAGAAUCUAAUGCCUGGAGGUGUGAAUUCCCCUGUUCGGGCAUUCAAAUCCGUUGGUGGACAACCCGUUUUGAUUGAUUCCGUCAAAGGCUCAAAGAUGUGGGACAUUGAUGGAAAUGAAUACAUUGACUACGUUGGAUCUUGGGGACCAGCUAUAAUUGGACAUGCCGAUGAUGAGGUUCUUGCGGCUCUAGCUGAGACGAUGAAGAAAGGAACAAGCUUUGGUGCUCCUUGUCUCUUAGAGAAUGUUCUAGCCGAGAUGGUUAUAUCAGCUGUUCCUAGCAUUGAAAUGGUUCGGUUUGUUAACUCCGGUACCGAAGCAUGUAUGGGAGUGCUUCGUCUCGCUCGAGCCUUUACCAACAAAGAAAAGUUCAUCAAGUUCGAAGGAUGUUAUCACGGCCAUGCCAACGCCUUCCUAGUCAAAGCUGGAAGCGGUGUAGCCACUCUAGGGCUACCUGACUCUCCUGGUGUCCCUAAAGCAGCUACCUCAGAUACUUUAACAGCUCCAUACAAUGAUCUCGAAGCUGUUGCCAAGCUCUUCGAAGCGCAUAAAGGCGAGAUUUCUGCGGUUAUUCUCGAACCUGUUGUUGGUAACUCCGGAUUCAUCCCUCCUACGCCUGAAUUCAUCAACGGUUUACGUCAGCUGACGAAAGACAAUGGUGCUCUUCUCAUCUUCGAUGAAGUCAUGACUGGCUUUCGUUUAGCUUAUGGUGGAGCUCAAGAAUACUUUGGAAUCACGCCCGACUUGACAACUCUCGGAAAAAUCAUCGGCGGUGGUCUUCCUGUGGGAGCAUACGGUGGAAGAAGAGAUAUAAUGGAGAUGGUGGCUCCAGCAGGACCUAUGUACCAAGCCGGGACUCUAAGUGGUAAUCCGCUGGCGAUGACUGCAGGGAUUCACACGCUGAAGCGGCUAAAGCAGUCAGGAACAUACGAGUAUUUAGACAAGAUCACCAAGGAACUAACCAAUGGAAUCUUAGAAGCCGGAAAGAAAACCGGACAUCCAAUGUGCGGGGGUUACAUAAGCGGGAUGUUCGGUUUCUUUUUCGCGGAAGGACCGGUCUACAACUUUGCGGACGCGAAGAAGAGCGACACAGAGAAGUUUGGUAGGUUUUUCAGGGGAAUGUUGGAAGAAGGUGUUUACUUUGCACCGUCUCAGUUCGAGGCCGGGUUUACGAGCUUGGCUCACACUUCCGAAGAUAUACAGUUCACGAUCUCUGCGGCCGAGAGGGUUCUCGGUAGGAUCUAGAGUACUCUAGAACUCAAACCCUUGAGUAUCGUCGUUUCACAAUCCUCUGUUUUGAGGACGUUGUGUACGUGGGGUUUGGUGAUGAACUGAUGAAAUAAUUCUUGUGUAGUGAGGUUUUACUUUUGUUUUCGGUGUUUUUUUUUUUUUUUAUCGUAAGGUUGAGAUUUUUGUAUGAUGGAGGAGAUCAUUCGAUUUGUUAAUGUAAUGGUUUAUGUUAUGGAACUUAAUGAGGAGUUCAUCUUUUUCAA